CAUUCAGCACUCACCCACACUGAACUAGAGGCUAUCACCAUGACAAGGGACCAGAAUGGAACCUGGGAGAUGGAGAGUAAUGACAACUUUGAAGGCUACAUGAAGGCCCUAGAUAUUGAUUUUGCCACCCGCAAGAUCGCAGUACGUCUGACUCAGACGAAGAUCAUUGAUCAAGACGGCGAUAACUUCAAGACAAAAACCAACAGCACGUUCCGCAACUAUGAUCUGGAUUUCACUGUUGGAGUGGAGUUUGAGGAGUGCACGAAGGGCCUGGACAACCGGAAUGUUAAGACGCUGAUCACCUGGGAAGGUGAUGUCCUUGUGUGCGUGCAGAAGGGGGAGAAGGAGAACCGUGGCUGGAGGCAGUGGGUUGAGGGGGACAAGCUGCACCUGAAGCUGACCUGUGGUGACCAGGUGUGCCAUCAGGUGUUCAAGAAGAAGUAA